AUCACAAAUGAUUGUUAAUACAUUUGUGUAUGUAGGCAUAUUCGUGUAUACAGUGCAUACAUGAAAGGAGUUAUGACUAUUAUAUGUGUCUACCUGUAUAUGGUUUAAUCUCAGUGUUUUGGAAAUUUUGAACAAGCUAUUUUUCAGCACUAAAACAUACCUCGAGGAUAUCCUAUUGAAUUCUACCGUUAAUCAAACAGAAUAACUAUUGUCACAAAGUCAUCUUUGCACAGUAUGAUACUUUCUACAUGAACGUUUUUUCUGAUUUUCUUUAAAAGAAACAAUGUCAAUAAAUUUUAAUAAAUUAUUUAUACAAGAUAUACUAUCACGACGAGAAUCUUCACAUGCUCUUGACUUAAAUGAUGAAGGUCCCAAGAUAACUGAAGAAUCGGAAUACUGUGGAGAUGAUAAUGAAGGCGAUGAUGAUGACGAUGACGAGUAUGACAGUGAAAAGGAAGAUGGUGAUGGGGAAAAUUCCAGUGGUGAUGAAGAUUACGAUGAUGAUUAUGAUGAUGACGAGGAUGAUUCACCACACCUGUCAGAUGCGUCAGAUUAUGCUGAUGCUGCUGAGGCGAACAAAAACACCAAUCAUAAAUCUAGAAACAAAAUCAAUACAGGUAAACAUUCUCAGAAGCGAAGGCUUAUUUCAGCCCUAGACAAUCUACGACUGGCUGUAGAUAAACAGGCUAAACUACAGGCUAUGGUAAAUGGUUAUCCAAGUGAAGAUUUCUCUCAAGACUAUUCUAGAACUUUAAAGUUACAUUCAGUCAAAGAGAUUAGCCCUAAUACGGAUAGGAUAAAAGAACAAACUGUAGUUGAUUCUCAUCCUCCUCCUCAACCUCAACAAAGUCAUAAUCACCACUUAGAACUUCCUUUACUGAAUGACAAAUAUGAAUCUAAAAGGUGCAUAGAAGUUGAAGAUGAACACAAAGGAGAAGAAACUUCAGAUUCAAUUAGUAAACAUGAUCAUUUGAAAUCAUUACAUAAGCAAGUGAAAAAACAAGGUCAAUAUACUCCUACUACUACUACUACUACUACGGAUAUAUCAGUGCCUGUUGUGGAUAAAGAAGCCUUAGCCUUCAGAAGAAAUGAACGAUUGUCAAAAAGAAAAGAAAGAGUAUCUGUACAAAUUCGUGUGGUAUUUUUGAAAAUUGGUGAAAUUGACACAUUGAAAGAGAUUUAUCAUGCCGACGCGUUUAUUCAAGCCAAAUGGAGAGAACCACGUUUAGAUGGUAAGACAGAUGAGUGUCUACGUAAAAUAGAUUUACAACGCUGUUGGAAUCCUCUUAUAUUAAUUGACAAUAUAUUAAGUGAAUCAAAAGAACAACAUUGGAUUAUGACAGAGAAAAAUGAAGCUGGUGAAAUUUAUAUUGUUGAACGUCGCCGCCUUAGAGGUGUAUUCUUAGAGACAUUAGAAUUAAACGAUUUCCCAUUAGACGUACAAGAUUUAACUAUCACUCUAACGUCUGAACGACCAGAAUCUGAAGUUCAACUCAUUCCAGAUAAAAAUGAACCGUGUAGGAUAAAUUUGCAGACGCUUGUUGAUCAGCAGGAAUGGAAGCUGCAUGAACACAUCGAAAUAACAAGACGUUCCGCAACUCAAGAGUAUACACAUUCUAGUCAAAGUCAUCCUUGUAUUUCUGUGACUUGUAGAGCAGCACGUAGACCUGGUUAUUUCUAUUGGAAUGUCUUUCUGAUUAUGUUCUUUAUUACUGGACUGUCAUUCGCUACAUUCGCUGUACCACCAGAACGACCUGAAAACAGACUUCAACUAUCAUUUACGCUAUUUUUAACUUCUGUUGCCUUCAAAUUUGUUAUCAAUCAAUCAUUACCAAAAAUUUCUUACUUAACCUAUAUGGAUAAAUAUGUUCUUAUGUCGCUAGCCAUAUUAUGUGUUGUUAGCGUAUGGCAUGCUGUGGUAACAUUGAUUCCAAAUGAUGCAGAAUUUGAACAGCUAACAACAAAAAAUCUUUUGAAGUCAACUGAUCCACAGUUCUCUUUUAUGAAACGUUAUAAAGAAUUAACAUUUGCAAAUUCAGCCGCUUUCAAUAGGACAACCGAACCAACAGAUAAUCUAGGUGACGUCAGUGUCCAGAAAAAUAUCAGUUUAUUACAAAAGAAACCAGCCUCAAGUAGCAAUUUAGCAGUUUCUCUGGAGAAUGAAGGAUCUAAUGAUGCCGGGAAAUCGGCCAGAUUAUCUCAACAAUUGAGUCAACAAACAUGGAUUGCAUUAGCCCUACAGUCAAAAAAUCAUGAACAGCAAAAACGAAGAUUAAUGAUGCGAAUUGAAAGAGAUGUAUUCGUCUCAUUCUGUGUACUAUAUGUACUUGCUCACUUGACAUUCAUAUUUUGGUUAUAUUUUGAUGCCAGUAGACGCAGGAGAGAAAUGGUUGAACGGGAUAGAUUGUAUAAGAAAUGUCUGCAAGCUUCCAAAGCAUUAUAAAAUUUCAGAUGAAUAUUGGUGACUGAAUAGGCGAUUGAAUUUUAAAAAAACACAACAGAAAACAGAAGAUUUUUAUCGUCAAAAAGUUUACCUACCUAUCUACCUUUUUAGUAAACACAGCUGUAAAUGUUGUAAUAUCUAUCUAUCUAUCAGCUUACAUUCUGAUCAGCCUACAGUUUCUUUCUUCUUUUUUGCAUGUUUGAAUUGUGUUUGAAUUUUGAGCCAUAUUGUGUAAAGUGAUCAUUGAACAUUGGACAGCAAACAGAGAGCCUUUUGUUGUUUUUUUGCAAUAACUACUGUAUGAUUGACUGAAUAUAUUUACAAAAUAAGAGAGAGAAGGCA